AUGAAUGAAAGAAAGAAAUGGUGUGAAGUUUGCAAGAUGUUAAUACCUUAUACUAGAGCUGCUAUUCAAGAUCAUGAGAAUACAGCUAAACACAAAAAAAACAAGGAAUAUCAUUUAAGAGAUUUAAAUAAGAAGGCAAGAAUUGAACAUAAAUAAUAAAAUAAAGCUUAUGAUUCAAUACCAGAGACAUCUAAAGGAUAUAAAAAUAAGAAGUAAAAAAAAGAGGAACAUAAUUAUCAUUAAGCUGUUGAAAAUGAGUAUACAGGAGAAAAUUAAUAAUAAUAAUCAAAAGUAGCAGAUUAAUUGGGGUUCUUUGCAGAAGGAAAAGUAUGGAUAUUGGAAAAAGAAGAUGAUACUGGAAAAUUAAGAUUUAGAAAUACAAUUACAGGAAAUAUUAAUUAUGAAAAACCUAUGGGAUUGAUGUUAGAAGAUUAUGAAGAAGAAGCUUGGGAAUAAUAUCAAUAGAAUCCUGUUGAAAAUAUAGAUAAAGAAUUAGUUGUAAAGGUUGGUAAUUGGGAAGUUGUUAAAACUGAAGACACCUUUUUAAAUAAAUUUAAGGUAGAAACUUCUGAGUCAGAAGAAGAAGGUGAAGCAGAAUUAAAUCAUGAAGAAUAAUUAGCAUAGAAAAUUGAUAAAGAUAUUAAAGAAGGCACAAUCAAAAAUCAAUAAGAAUUUGUUAAAGAAGUCUUAGUAUUUGGAUAAAUAGGAAAGGAUAAAAAUAGAAUAUUAUAAUAAAAAUUAAUAGAAUUGGCAGACAAAGAUGUUGAAUUAGGAGAUAUUUUACCAUAGAUGUAAUAAAACAAUAUUAAAAAUGAAUAAAUUAAUACUUCAGGAUUGUUUAAUAAAAAGUCAUUUAAAAAAACAAAGGUUGAUUACUUCUAAUGA